AUGACAGAAAGUGUGAGUGGUAAUAAACUAGGAGACCUCUUGGUAAAUGUUCAAUCCAUUUUGAAUGCAGCCUCCGUGAAAUGUCACGUAGUGGAUGAAAGUUUUCCAGCCAAAUUUUUUGAGAAAAAUCCGGAUAAGAUAUAUGAAUCAUAUUGUAAGUUCAUUAAAAAUAGAAGUAACUCAGAAGGUUCGAUACGUAAUGAGGAUAAAUUAGUUUUGACAACUAUCAAUAAGAGGUUCGAAAAUGGAGACUACGAACCCGCACAAGGUGGGUUUUAUAAACUUUAUCAUGACAUCAAAUUGGUUUGUACAAUCCUCAUUCACUUUUACCCUCAGGGUACAAGGAACUACCAAUUAGUCGACAAGUUCUACAAAUUUUCUUCAGAGCUUUUAUUACGAGAAUGUUGUAGGAUAGGAAUUGCGCUAACGCAAACAAUUAAUAUUAAAUCAAGAAGUGGUAAGUCAUUGAGCGGAAAUGAGACGGAUGAGUACGACGACGAUGAUGCAACAGAACUAGACAAAACAAUCUCGUAUGAUUUUAUCAAGAUUUCUAUGAAUUAUUCAGUACCGAUUUCUCAAACAUAUCAAAUAAGAACUAAGGAUAUGGACCUUUUUUCUUCGAUAAUUUCUAAAUCUAAUCUCGACAAAAGACCUCAUGAACUUCCUAAUACCAACUUCAAAAUAAACAAUGUCUUACCUCAGACUGAUAUAGAAAACGAAGCUCCUAGAUUAGGAUUCGUAGGCGCCAAUACCAGCAAUAUCCCAGAUCCGACCUUACCGCCAACUGAGAUGAUGACUAAAUUUCUGCAUCCAAAUUGGUAUGCUUUACCUACGACUGUCUGGCUAAAAUAUGGCAACUAUAAUUCCUGGGCACCUUCCUUCAAUGAAAAUGGCACCGUUGUGGAUUCAACAACAAGAGGCCUUAUUUGGCUUGAAAGAAUUGGUUACAUGGACUUGUAUGAAAAAAAUGAAAGGAAAGUAAAACAAGAGGAGCGACCGGACAUAGAUGAAGAAGGCACAAAUGGGAAAGAGAACGAUGAAAAUGAACGUGUUGAUGGGAAAAGCAAUGGUGUCGAGAGCAAUAGCGGUGAUAAUGAUGCGACUAUCACUUCUAGAAGUUCUGAGGAUACUGAGGACAACGAGCAAUCGAUAAUCAAGCUCCAAAACUUAUACAAUUGGACACCAUCUAAUUACAUUGGAGAUGACGAAAUUGAGAAUUUUCGGAAUGGCACACCAGAUAAGUUGGUUUCAGAGUCUCUUUUAAAACUUAGAAAACUCAGAAAGGAGAGAAUUUUAAAUAGAGUUUCAAAGCCUACUACAGAGGAAAGGGAAAUUUAUUUCAAAGUGAAAAGAAUACUAAAGGAAGUUAUCUUGGCAAAGAAGGUUUCCAAGGUACCUAUAAACAAUGUAAGGGCAUUCCCAGUAUUACAAACAAAUUAUAAUGGUAGCAUACCAGUGGUAAGGGCACAACCAGGUCGUAAACGGAAACACAAGAAAUAA